AUGGCAACCAGCCUGUCCAACCGACCCUUGACGAGACUCCCCCGGACUCUUCUCUAUGAGGACAACAGCUUUCCAGGUCUCGCUCGGUUGGCCAUUCUGGGAGGCCUCCAUGCUUUUAUUAUUGUGGCCUGCUUGGCCCUAAUCGUCUUUGUCAGGGCUACAAAUCAUUUCGGCUAUGUGAUCUUUGUGCUAUGCCUUCAGCUUUGUCCCAGGAUUCGGGAGACAGCGCAUAGAUCAGCACUCCGACCGAUCAACCUGGCGAGAAUCCAAUAUGCAUUUGAGCAAUCGCUCAUUGAACUCCUGGGGUGCCUGGGAACGAUUUUGCCAUAUGAAUCAGGGUCUCUCAUUAGACUCGCUGAGCCAGUUCCAGCAAAUAUCCACAGGGUGGAGGGAUUUGGGGAAUAUUUGAGGCCUUCAUCAAAACAGUUGUGUACCCCAGACAAGCGUCCCCAUUUGACGCCCUUUCUACGUCUCAAGGCGCAAGGGGCCUCUCGUGAUCACCACUAUCCCUGCAGCCCGUCGCGAAAAUCCAAGAGACCGAAACGUGACGAAGCUAAUUUCCUAUCCGGUUGGAGUGCAGCUCGAGAGGACGAUUUUGGAUCAUCGCAAGUACCACAAUACAAAUCAAUACCACUCCUCCAACAGCCACCCCACCUUACUCAAGACCAUGGCAACCUCAUCGAGCAUUCAUCUCGACGAUCGGUCUCGAAAGGACGCGCUCCGCACCCGCCGCAUCCUAGUCAGCCUUAUCGCACUCAGCUGCCCGCCCCGCCCGGAGCGCCACGCCCCUCAGUUUCAACGCCACCGAGGGACCGUUUACCACAAGCUGCGGAACACCGAACUGCUACUCGGCCAGCCGCCUCAGCUGUCUGCGCCUCACUAACGAGCAGCAGGUGUCUGAGCCCAUCGACGGCCAAAUCAAGGCAACAAGGUAUUCAUAUUCUGCCCGGCCUUCCUGUCGCUGAUGCCUCUGAAUCUCUGCGGCCUCAGCGAGAAGAGCCGAAUCCCACCUCGAAGAGCGUUCAGGCCUCUUUCACAGCUUCUUUGAAAUCCCAAGCCACGAGAGCUUUGCGUGAAUUCGAUGUCGAGCCCGAUGGUAUCAUACACGUGGGAGGAGAAGCUCCCCAGAAGAGAAGAAGAGGGGGACAGAGCUCGUCGCGCCCUCAAGGCAAUGCUUCGGGUUCGCAGAACACGAAUGUGGAUGAGGAAUCUCGGGAUCUUCCCUCAGAGGAUGAUUCCGAAUUUGCCGAUGGGCGACGAGAUCUGAACCCGAACCCGGAUGAGAACACAGCGUCUGAGAGCAAAGGGAGAGGGCCACCCUUCCGUUGUCCAAUGUAUGCUGCCAAUCCUCAGAGGUACGGCGGUACAAAGUGCGAACACUGGCACGGCCGCUCCAUCGCAGAUGUGACUCGACAUUCACUUAAAGAUGCUGGAGAAGGUUCAGAUAAGUGGAAAGAGAUCAAGAAGCUCUCGUCGAAGAAACUCACUGCCGAAGGACGCUGGAGACACUACUUUCUCAUUUUCAAUGACGGGACUGAGGCCGAUCAAAUGAAUCACCCAUAUCGGGUUAACCGAGAUCCGGAGGACCAGGUGACUGACCUUUUGAAGAGCACGAUAGACAAAAUGAGAACGGAUCCCGAUCCAACACUGGCCCUAUGGCAGAUUGAGAAUUUCCUCGAAAUAUUGAUGGAUAAGAAGAGAAGAGAUAUCGACUCUAGGCGUCGCUGUCUAGAAGUGAAGUUAGAUGCAAUGAGACAAGAAGCCGAGGCUUUGGAAGUCUCUCGAUCGAAAUUCACCACCCAAGUUCAAGCCCUUCUUAGCACCGGAAUUUCAGAAACCCUACUAUCCAUCCCCACAGCACCUAUCGAGAGUCACUCCCACAGCCUGGCGGGGCUGGCGACGCCGCAGGACAUGGCGAUUCAACGGUCAUACAGUGGGCGUGGCCCAGAGGCCGAUAUGAACCAACUUUAUACACCGUUUCCUGACCAUGUGCCGGAUCCCAACGGUUUAAUGGUGCAGACAGGACCACCGCUGUUUGGUGGCGGUGCCAGACCGCUUACACAACAACAGCCUGUCAACGAGGUCAUAAUGGCUACAAAUAAUGCCAUGGGUGGUGGUGGCUAUCCUCCCAUGACCAAUAACACCAAUACCUGGCAAAACAGCCAGUUAUCCCACCAGCAGUCACAUUCAUUGCAGCCCCCACAGAAUCGUGUGCCUCGUUCCGAAUCCGAUAUGGGCUCUUCCAGACCAAGUGCACACCGGCAAAUUAGCUCGGCGGCCAACUCUGCCGACGACAACUCCAACGGGCUUGGCUCCUAUUACUGUGUGGCACCGAGUGGAGAUGUUCCUCUAUUUGAUCGGUAUGGCAAUGGGAGUAACAUGCAGGGAAGGGAUCAUCAAAGUUGGCAAUAA